AUGUCUUCUAAAUUAUUGACGACUGGGGCUAGUCUCAGCUCACCCCCAUUGCAUUUAUAUUCUGUUACUUUGAAAAAGCCUACCGCGUUCAUAAAGUCUAUUGUGGGUCAAUUUUCUGGUAAACGUUCCCAGGAUAUUAUUGUUAUACGCGGUUCUUAUAUUGAUCUUUAUCAUAUUAACAAAGAAACUGAAAAACUAGAACUGCAACUUUCUUAUAAUCUAUUUGGUAUUAUUCGUUCCAUUGCCCCUUUUAGAAUUGCGGGAUCUUCUAAAGAUCAUGUUAUAGUGACUUCUGAUUCUGGACGUGUGGCGAUUUUGGAUUACAACCCUGAUAAAAAUGUUUUUGAGCAGUUACACCUUGAAACCUUUGGAAAGUCUGGAAUUCGGAGAAUAGUACCUGGACAAUAUCUGACAGUUGAUCCAAAAGGAAGAGCCGCUUUAAUUGCAUCUGUUGAAAAAAAUAAGCUUGUCUAUGUUUUAAAUCGAGACUCUGCAGCUAAUGUUACUAUCUCAUCACCUUUAGAAGCACAUACGCCACGAACAAUUGUUUACGAUGUGGUAAGCGUGGAUGUUGGCUACGAGAACCCCAUAUUCGCGGCAUUAGAAGUGGAUUAUACACAUGCUGAAAGUGAUCCAACAGGUGUUGCAUACGAUGAAUUAGAGAAAAAAGUCACAUUUUACGAACUCGAUCUCGGCCUAAACCAUGUUGUUCGGAAAUGGACUGCCCCUGUUGACAAACAUUCCACUAUUCUUUUGCAGGUUCCAGGCCCAGAUGGAGAAAACACAUUACCUUCUGGUGUUUUAGUCGGAACAAAUGGUUACAUAUCAUACCGCAACAUGAACCAACCCGAACUCAGAGUGCCAAUUCCUAGACGCCAUGGGACUGAUCCUACAAUUGCGCCACCAACAUCUAUUGUUUCUGGAAUCAUGCACAAAAACCAUGACGAUUUUUUUUUUAUUGUUCAAACAGAACUUGGCGACUUGUUCAAAAUCGAAUUAGAGCAUGAUGGCGAAAAUGUGAUUGAUUUAACUAUAAGAUAUUUUGAUACUAUUCCUCUGGCAAUUUCGUUGAACAUUUUGAAAUCAGGGUUUCUGUUUGCAUCUUGUGAAAAUGGAAAUCAUAAAUUUUAUCGGUUUUUGACACUUGGAUAUGAGAAUGGUGAAGUUGAAGUCUUUUCCAGUAAAAACUUUACAGAUGGCGAAAUAAAUCAGUAUCCAGUUAGUUACUUUACCCCAAAGUCAUUGACCAACUUAGAAAUUGUCCAUGAAAUUAAAGCUCUUCAUCCUUUAAUCGGUUCACAGGUUUUACACUUAGAUGAAACCCAAGACAUACCUCAAAUUUACACCAUUGGCGGACAGGGUGCAAACUCGCACUUACAAAGUCUAGUUCAUGGCAUGGAUAUUUCUGAAAUUGUCGCCUCUGAGCUUCCUGAUACACCAAUUGGUGUGUGGACAGUAAAAGUUACAGACAUUGAUAGGUUUGAUAAAUACAUUGUGUUUUCGUUCCGCGACCGAACUCUAGUAUUGUCAGUUGGUGAUAAUGUCGAAGAGGUCACUGAUUCUGGUUUUUCCUUGGAAGUUUCUACAUUAGCUGUUGAGCAGCUGGGACAAGAUUCAAUUUUACAAGUGCAUGAAGGAGGUAUUCGACACAUUUCUAGCAGUAAAAAUGUUAGUGAAUGGGAGCCUCCACAGGGAUGCCGAGUCACUUGUGCCACAACGAACAACUUUCAAAUUGCCAUUGCAUUGUCAAAUAACUGUAUAGUUUAUUUUGAACUUGACGAUGAAGGCCAGCUAAACGAGUACGAAGAUCACAAGGAAUUACCUAGUGCACCUAUUGCCAUGAGUAUUGGUAAGAUCCCUGAGGGUAAACUCCGAAGCUUGUUUUUGGCUGUUGGAUGUGAUGAUUCUACUAUUCGUAUUUUAUCACUAGACUUGGAGUCGACUUUGGAACCUUUGACGAUGGCUGCAUUAACCGCGCCUCCUAACGACGUUUUAAUUCACUCCAUGUUUGACAACUCUUAUAUUCCUAAGUCAAAGAAUGGCUCAGUAUUACCAUUACCACCAUCUACUUUAUAUCUUCAUAUCGGUUUAUCCAAUGGUGUUUAUGUAAUGUCCCAAAUCGAGGAUAUCACAGGACAACUCUCGAACACAAGAAAGCGAUUUUUAGGUCCUAAAAAGGUUAAGCUGGUUCCCAUAAGACACAAUUCGCAAAAUUGUUUGCUCGCCUUGUCAUCAACCCCCUGGAUGGGCUACAUGAAUGGUGUAAAUUAUGAAAUGACUCCAUUGGUUUGCAGCUCUCUUUCUUAUGCCGCAGGCUUAUCUAUUGCGCAAAAUGAAGAAGCCAUUGUUGGCACCAAAGAUAAUUUGAUCCAAAUCUUUUCUGUCAAUGAUGUUGGAGAAAAAUUAUUUCAACAGGCAGUUCCAUUAAAAUUCUCCCCACGACGGUUUACGAAAAACUCUUUUUCAUCAUACUUUUAUGUUGCAGAAGCUGACAACCAUACCCAGAUUGUAAAUUCUGGUAACCCAAGCUUAAACGGGAAAACCAAUGGUCAUCAUGAUAAUAGCAUUAAGGAAGAAUUUAAGGAGUUGUAUGAAGACCUUGACCGAGUACAGGCUGGAUACCCUCAUGUGCUAAAAUCCUGGGCAUCAGCAAUUCAGGUUGUCAGCCCGUUGACACAAGAGGUUCUAGACACUGUUAUUCUUGAUAACAACGAGGCUGCAUUUGCCAUUGCUAAUUGCUAUUUUAUUUCUCAUGAACGUGAGUUUUUAGUAGUUGCCACGUCUUGUGACACGGAAAUCUUGCCUAAGAAAUCAAGUGGUGGGUAUAUUCAUGUUUAUGAGUACAAGGAUAAAGGACGGAAGUUGAAUCUGCUACAUAAAACUAAGGUUGCAACAGCACCAUCAGCCAUGAUUGAGUUUCAAGGUCGGUUGUUAGUUGGUAUGGGAAACUUGUUAAGUAUCUAUGAACUUGGUAUCAAGCAACUUCUGCGCAAGGUGGAAACAAAGUUGAACUUAAACACAAUAAUAACUCUGGACACUCAAGGAAGCCGGAUAGUUGUUGGAGAUGUUCGUGAUUCAAUAACCUUUAUUGUAUACAAGCCAGUCACCAAUUCGCUGAUUGCAUUUGCGGACGACGUGGUAGCACGACACAUUACUAGUGCCAUAAUGCUUGACUAUGAUACAGUACUUGCUGGUGACCGUUUCGGAAACAUUUUUGUAUUACGGUGCCCUGCAGCAGCAUCACGUGCUAGUGAUGAGGACGACUAUGGUGGAAACAUUCUCAACCAACAGGGAUAUCUUGGUGGUACUGGGACCAAACUGGAGUUGCUCGCACAUUACUUUGUGGGAGAUAUUGUGACCGGAUUGUCACGUGCAGCCCUUGCGGUUGGUGGCCGACAGUCCGUAAUUUACACAGGAAUCCAGGGAACUGUAGGAGCAAUUGUUCCGUUUGCUACCAAGAAAGAUGGAGAGUUUAUGGCUCAACUAGAACGCCAGAUGCGAAUUCAUGCGCCACCUAUGGCGGGCCGCAACCAUCUUGUUUAUCGGGGCUACUACGCUCCUGUUAAAAUGGUAGUAGACGGCGAUCUCUGUGAACAGUUUGGUGGGUUGCCUGGGUCACUGCAGGACACAAUAGCAAAGGACUUAGAGCGAUCUGUCAAGGACAUUACCCGUAAAAUCGAUGAUAUUCGUAUCGGGUCUGUCUUUUAG